AUAACGGCGAUAUUCAAAGUGUUUUUGUAUUUUAUACACCUGUUUUAGUUCAAACUUUGUAACUGAACAAAGACACUUAAGUUCAAACUUCAUAAUUAAGCAAAUUAAGACACUUACAUUGAAAUCGGAGAGUGCCAUUUACACCUCUUUAUCUCAAAUGCUCAUACCGAGGAAGCACGAAGAGAUGCAUCCUUUUUCUAUACAAAAUGAUACUCCACUUGCACGAGACAUUUAUGAAACACAGAACCUUAGCCCUAUAUAAACCUCAUUCACCUUGAAUCUUCAACCCACAGCAAAACAGAAACACAAAUUCAUAUAUAGCUAUCUUCCUCUUUGCCUAUAAACAAUAAUCAGUGUAAAAAUGCCAACCACCAUGGAAGAUGUCACUGCCAAGAUUGAUGCAGUUGAAAUCGACUCCAAGAGUGUUGUUGCUCUGAAGGAGAAGGCGAUCGAAGGUGAAGUAAAGACUACAGAAACAACACAAGAGAAGACUAAUGAAGCUAAAAGUAAUCCGGAGAAAGAAUCCAAUGGUGCAACUUUCAAAGAAGAGGAAGUUCCAGUUGAGGUUGAACCUAAAACUGGAGUCUCUUUUCCUGUCAAACUUGAAGAUGGAAAGCAGUUGAAAGCUGUAGGUUUAAGGAAGAAGAGCAUGCUUGGCAUGGGCAUCAAAAUCUAUGGCUUUGGAAUAUAUGCAGACAAUGAGAAAUUGAAAGACCUCAUGCAGUCCAAGAUUGCGAAAGCACCAGCAAAACCAACAAAGGAGAUGUAUCAAAUGGUGAUUGAUAGUGAUUUGGGAAUGAUGAUGCGGUUGGUAAUUGUUUUCUCUAACCUAACCAUGAACAUGGUAAGAAAGAACUUUGACGAAGGCCUCGGAGCUGCCAUCAAGAAGCUUACAGGUGGAAAGAAUGAGGAGCUCACAAAGAAGAUCAUGGGAGAAGCAUCUGAUGACAUAAAGCUGAAUUCUGGUUCUGUAAUUGAGAUUUCAAGGCUUCCAGGAUAUGUCCUUCAGACCAAAGGUAAAAUAGGUUCUUAUCAAUUUCAUGCCAUCAAUUGCAUGCCAAACUUGACUAGACAUCAACUUUAUCUAAAUGCAGUAAAGGGUGAGAUUGUGAGCAAGGUGGAAAGUGAACUACUCUGCAGGGCCUUCAUCUACAUGUAUUUAGGUGAUGAUCCAUUUGACAAAGAAGCCAAGGAGAAGUUCGGGACAUCCAUGCUCUCUCUGUUCUAAGUAGUAGGUUUCCAGCAUUUACUAGUCUAGGUUGUUAAAGAAUAAGCUGUGGUGACUUUGAACUGAUGAAUAAUAGCUCAAUAAAAGCAUGGUUGAUUUUUCA